UUAAAAUGAAUCAAUAUCUGAAAAGAGCAGUAGCUGAAGGGUACAUAGAUUCAAUAGAUUACGACUCUUUUUCUGAUAUCGAAGAAAUUAAGCAAACAGCAAAAAGUGAAGUUUUCAAAGCUUACUGGAAACAUUCUGGAAAAAUUGUUGCGUUAAAAACUUUCGACAUUUUUCCUGUGGGAAAUGAAUGUUCUUCAUAUGAAGAGUUCAUUCGUAAAUUUCAAACGACUCAAGUAAUUGAAGAUAAUAACAUUGCUGAAUUUUAUGGACAAUUAAAUUACUUCAUGAUAUUGGAGUAUGCUAAAGAUGGAAAUUUAAGAGAUUAUCUUCGCCAAAAUUUUAAAAAUAUUGAUUGGAAAAUGAAGAUUUCUAUUGGAAAGCAAAUUGCUAGUGGGCUCAAAGCUAUCCACGAUCAAAAUAUUGCUCAUAAAGAUCUGAUAAAGAAUAACUCAGAGCAUGAAAUUCCAGUUAAAAAUACUCCAUCAAGAUAUCAAUUACUUUAUCAACAAGCUUGGAGUUUUCUUCCUCAAGAACGACCUUCGAUUGAAUAUAUUAAUGAGGAACUUGAUGAAAUGCUAAAGAAUUCAAAGACUUCUUUCUUUUCAAAGAAGCCACACGAUAUUUUUGGAAAAAAACCAAAAAAUUUUGUUUCCUCAUCUGUUAGUUCAUCACCCAAAGAAACUAUAAUUCCUCCCAACAUUCCUAAAAAACCUCCUGAUAAUCUUAUGAAUUCUGACUCAAAUGUUGAUCAACUGAAUCCUAUUCAACAUCAACAUUAUGGGCGUUAUGAGCUCGAAGAGCAACAAAAUUUGGCAUUUACCAAAGAUCCAAUACAGGAUCUAAAUAAAUCUACUCCUUUUCAACAAAACAGAAUUCAUCUUAAAACUCAUUAUAACUCAGUGCCAAUUAUUCAAAGCCAACAAAGCCCACAUUUUCAACAUAGUUACUACCAAUCACCACCUCAACAAAAUUAUUACAAUCAAGGCCCACUACCUCAACAUGGUUUUCUUAACCAAGGACAAUUACUUCAACAGAAUUACCUCAACAAAGUACCAUCACCUCAACAAGGUUAUAUUAAUCAAGGACCAUUACUUCAACAAGGUUAUAUUAAUCAAGAACCAUCACCUCAACAUGGUUACCUCAACCAAGGACCAUCACCUCAACAUGGUUAUCUCAGCCAAGGACAAUUACCUCAACAUGGUUAUCUCAACCAAGGACAAUUACAUCAACAGGGAUUCUUAAGACAAGGAUAUUAUAUUGGACGGCCACCACCUCUUUCGCCAAAAGUUUCUAUUUCAGAUGAAUUUCCAACUUUAUCGAAUAUUUCACAUCAAAAUAUGGCACAACCAGGAAUGCAUCCACAAUCCAUUCCUAUAUCUAAAGAUGGGGAAGAAUUUUUAAAACAGUCCUUUUAUGAUAACAAACUUAAUACAUAUGAAUUUCAAAGAUAUGAAAAAAAACAGUCAUUAUUUGUCGAGAAAAUUAAAAAGGUUUUGAAGAAAUAUAUUGAAGAAAAUCCAAACCAGGAUUUACAAGGAAUUGAAUUGUUCAAUAAAAAUCUUCCUGAUGAUGAGACUCUCAAUGAAAAUGAAAUAUCUAUUUUACAUAGUAUACUUCUUAAAAAAGAAAAAGAAUACAAGGUGGCAGCUAUUGGUUCAAAAGAAGUGCUGGGCGUAUUAGGAACUAUGCUCAAAUCUGCAUUGAAGGAAUGUACAUCAACUGAGCAAUUGACUGAAUUUAUUCAGCAAAAAUUACUUAAACAAAAUCAAAGGGAAUACUUAACAGAUUAUCUCCAAAAAAUCGAAGAUGAAGUUAGUAUUCAUAUGCAGAGCGGCGAAAGGCGUCAGUGUGAAAUAUGUAAAAACUUAACCUAUGCUAAAGGGUGCUGUGAAUACUGUAUUCGUAGUUAUUUACGAGAGCAUUUCAAAGAUUGGACUUCCGGGAAUUCUGUAGUAGAUAAAAUAAUUCAGGAUUGCCAGCAACGAACGCAACAACCAUACAGAGUGAUUGAAUGGAUACCUUUUGAAUGCUUUAAAUUUGUUAAACGCUUAACUGAAAAUUCCAUAUAUAUAGCGUUUUGGAAUAAUGGAUCCUUUGCUAAUUGGAAUAUUGAAAAGCAAUUAUUGGAAAGACUUGGUGGGCAUCCAGUUGUUCUUAAAAUACUAAAGGAUUCCGAUAAUUAUAAUAGUAAAUGGAUUCGUAAAAUACUAAAGGAAUUUGUCAAAAAGUCACCUGUAGAAUCUUCUCAGAAUGAAAACAGACUUGUUGUUAAUCCUGUAGGAACAUCUGCACACCCAAAUGAAGAUAAAAGAUAUGUAACUCAAAAAUACAAUUUUACACCUAAAGAUAUAUUAAGGCUGGAAAAUGAACAAAAAAACAAAUAA